CUCUUCAACGCCGUUGCACAGCGCUCGGGUCUGGCCUCUUGUUUAAUUGCUGCAAGGCUCCUUGAUUUCCUCGUGCCUUGGGCAGAGUUGCGCUUGCUUCCUCUCCGCUGCUGUGGUACAACAACGCCAGGGAAGUAUUUGGACAGCAGUCAAUGACUGUACCUUUGAUGCAUCAGAUCCACGAGGAACUUCUUUGGGCAUCUCCUGAGCAGCUGCGCUCAUUGAUGGGGAGCUGGAGAAGGUGCUGUCUCCAAAGCAAGAGAGACCCUGCAUGCGUGCACCAACAAGCGACGUCUUUUCACCGAUGGCAUCACCAACAAGCUGGUGGCCUGCUACACGGACGAGGACAUGGCAGACGCGGUGCUGGUCCGCAUCUACGGCAGGAAGACGGAGCUUUUUGUGGACCGGGAGACGGAGCUGAAAAACUUCCAGGUGCUGCAAGCCCACGGCUGUGCCCCCGACCUCUACUGCGCCUUCCAGAACGGCCUGUGCUACGAGUUCACGCCGGGCAUCGCCCUGGGACCGGACCACGUGCGGGACCCCUGCAUAUUCAGGCUGGUGGCCCAGGAGAUGGCCCGGGUGCACGCCAUCCAUGCCAACGGUAGCAUCCCGAAGCCCAUCCUGUGGCAGAAACUGCACAAAUACCUCGCCCUCGUGAAGAUGGAUCUCAGCCCAAAGGUAUCCAACCCCAGCCUCCAUCCGGAUGUGCCCAGCCUGGAAGUGCUAGAGCAUGAGCUGGCCUGGAUGAAGGAAACCCUCUCCCAGCUGGGGUCCCCUGUGGUGCUUUGCCACAACGACCUGCUCUGCAAGAACAUCAUCUACAACGGCCCUGAAGAGCACGUGCGGUUCAUAGACUACGAGUACACCGGCUACAACUACCAGGCUUUCGACAUUGGGAAUCACUUCAACGAGUUUGCAGGUGUGAAGGAGGUGGACUACCGCCUCUACCCCAGCAAGGAGAUCCAGCUGCAGUGGCUGGGGUCCUACCUGCAGGCCUACAAGCGCUUGACCCAGGAGGACCAAGGAGGCAGAGGAGCAGCCGUGUCUGAGAAGGAGCUGGAGGCUCUCUACGUGCAAGUGAACAAGUUUUCUUUAGCGUCCCAUUUCCUCUGGGCAUGCUGGGGCCUGAUCCAAGAUAAAUACUCUACCAUAGACUUUAACUUCUUAGGAUAUGCAAAGCUAAGAUUUAAACAGUACUUCAAGAUGAAGCCGGUAGUCACAGCUCUGCAGAUUUCCAAAUAGCAUCUCCAGCCCGUGAGACCCUGAGCUAUUUUGUCCUUGCUGCAUCCACAGCCCUCGCCUCCCCCUUGCCCUUCCCCACUCCAGCUGGGGCUGAGGGCAGAUCCUGAUGGUGGGAAGGGGGAAGAGGAUCUCUGACCCAGCCACCGAUUAAAGGAGACCCUGGACAUACCUGAGACUGGACCAUGAGACACUAAGGAGGACCACGGCCUCAGCGAGGCCCCAGCCUACGCCAG